AUGGUUCGCUUUCUUAUCCUUCUAAACCUUGUCUUCAUUGUCGUUGCUGCAUCAGUACAUGCUCGCUCUAUCGAACAUCGCAUACGAACUCGCGCAGUUUGUCCUGAAAACAUGUGUUUAUCAAAACAUGGCUAUUGUGGUACCGGUGUCGAAUAUUGUGGUGAAGGUUGCCAAGCUGGUCGAUGCUUAGCUAGCAGUUGUCCUGCAGGCAUGUGUUUAUCAAAAUAUGGCUAUUGUGGUACCGGUGUCGAAUAUUGUGGUGAAGGUUGCCGAGCUGGUCCGUGCUCAGCUAGUAGUUGUCCUGCAGGCAUGUGCUUAUCAAAACACGGUUAUUGUGGUACCAGUGCUGAAUAUUGUGGUGAAGGUUGUCGAGCUGGCCCGUGCUUAGCUAUCUUUUGUCCUGCAGGCAUGUGUUUAUCACAACAUGGCUAUUGUGGCACUAGUGCCGAGUAUUGUGGUGUAGGUUGCCGAGCUGGUCCAUGUUUGGGUAGUAUUGGCAGUAGUACUGCCAUUCCUCCAACGACUGGUAUUGCAACUGCAGCUCCUUCGUCGAUCGGUUCUAUAGUUGUUUUACCACACUGA